AGCCUUGUAUUUAUAACCUGACCCUAGUUGAAGUGCACUGAACCCGGCCGGUACGUGUUUUCCCGGGCUUUCUCACACACAACCGUUGGAACAAUACACAGUUUUCCCGGGCUCCAGUUCAACGCCGCGGAGUCUAUAUAUAAAAGUUGAAAUAGGAGCGGAGACCAGUUACACUUAACUAAUCAAACUAUCAACAUGUCUGGACGCGGUAAAGGAGGCAAAGUUAAGGGAAAGGCAAAGUCCAGGUCCAGCCGUGCUGGACUUCAGUUCCCCGUUGGACGUAUCCAUCGUCUUUUGAGGAAGGGCAACUAUGCUGAGCGUGUCGGAGCCGGUGCCCCCGUCUACAUGGCCGCCGUCAUGGAGUACCUCGCAGCUGAGGUUCUCGAGCUGGCUGGAAAUGCUGCUCGUGACAACAAGAAGACCAGAAUCAUCCCCCGUCACCUUCAACUCGCCAUCAGAAACGACGAGGAGCUGAACAAACUUCUGUCCGGUGUCACCAUCGCCCAGGGAGGUGUCCUGCCUAACAUCCAGGCCGUCCUCCUCCCCAAGAAGUCUGAGAAGACCAAGGCCUAAGCGCCUAUUUCUCUCUUUUCCUACACAAACCCCGGCCCUUUUCA